AUGUACAGCUUGCUCAAAGGCUGUGACUGCAAGCUCCCACAAGCCAAGCUGCUAGACUACUUAGAUGAUAUUGCCAACGACCUCAAGACAAACGAGACUCCAGGAAUGGAUUUGAGCGUGGUCAAGAUUGCACAUGGGAAAGAUCGCUUGCGCCAACGUGCUUUCGGAUGUCUUUGCUAUGGGCGUCACCGAGGUGGACACCUUGCUAAUGAUUCUCGGUCGCAUCAGGCGCAAACAAACGUCACAGGCGGACAGACUGUCAUGAACCCUUGGCCGCUUGUCGGUGGCGUCGCUAUGAGCGUACGGAGUGAGAGUCAGACUAUUCGUCCAGAGAAUGCAGUGGCGGGGGUCUCACCAAGCCUCUUGGAACUCAGGUUGCAGUAA